CAGAGUUCAGUGCAGUAGGAAGCAGCAGCAACAGCAGCCAUUUUAGCUGCACUGGACACACUUCUUCUUGCUUUCCCCUCAGCCAUGGAGCACAGGCAAACAGACAUUUAACUACAGAUUACUUCUCUACAAGGUUGGCAAACAGGCACCAUGGUGACAAUGAAUCACUUGAGUGUAGAGGACCCAGACAUCGGCUCUCCGCUGCUGCCUGAGGCUGUGGAGGUGGUAACGCCGACACCUGUCUUUCACAGACAACGAGUGGUCAAAAAGACUGACUCCGGGGAUUUUUUCCUCAGCAGGACUGAGAACCUUGUUUUCAGCCUCAUGCUGCUGAUUGGAUGCUACUCUGCUAUUUUGAUUCCUGCAUAUUUACCUUUGCAUAGGGUGUCAUCUCUCAGCAGUGACUACCAAGAACCCAAAGAUCUGGUUUCAUUAAAUCGGUCAGCAUCCCUGCUGUCAAACCCCUGCCAGCCUCGCUGGUGUCUGAACCGCCUCAAGUCCCUGGCCUGUUCUCCAGCCCUCCUAGACAUCCCUGUAUUUGUGCAGCAGGGCAGGCUUGUGCCCUGGGAACUAUCCCCUCCCCUGGGGCUCCAGGGCAGUGAGGAGCAUUUGGCCUUGGCUCUUGCCUCUCUGCCUCAGCCUGGCCUGCCUCCAUUCCUGAAGAGAGAGGACCAUUGCAGGCGAUGUGUAGUUGUGGGCAAUGGAGGGAUCCUUCAUGGGAGCCAUCUUGGAUCCCACAUCGAUAAGUAUGACAUCAUUAUCAGGAUGAAUAAUGCUCCCGUGCCAGGCUUUGAGAGAGAUGUUGGCUCACACACCACUAUCCGCUUGAUGUACCCAGAGGGUGCACCUCACUCUGCACAUGAGUACAAAAAAACCACCAUGGUUGCUCUGGUGGUCUUUAAGAGCCUGGACCUGGACUGGCUCACUUCUGUUGUCACCAAACAGCCUCUGAGCUUCUGGUCCAAACUGUGGUUCUGGAGGGAGGUGGUGGAUGAUGUUCCUCUGAGACCAGAGAGCUUCAGGAUCCUCCACCCAGAGAUUAUUCACAAGACAGGACAAGCCCUACAGAAAUAUACUCUGAAACAGGGAAAUAUGGUGCCAACACUAGGCGCCAGUGCUGUGGUGAUGGCUUUGCAGCUGUGUGACCAGGUGAGCCUUGCAGGCUUUGGGUACGAUAUGCAGCACCCAGAGGCCAGGCUUCACUACUACGAGACCAUACGCAUGGGCGCAAUGAAGGCACAAGUGGUGCAUGACAUCAGCGCUGAGAAACUCUUCUUGAGGGACUUGGUGGCUGCGGGAGCUGUGACUGACCUCACAGGAGCUCUGUGAGUCAGCGGGUCCGACUGAUAAUAGACCGAACUCCUCAUACACUCCUCUUUGUCUCUCUCUCUCACACUGUGAGCCUGUAUGGAGUCCUUCAUAACUGUUCCCAGCUGGAACAAUCCUACACAGAGCGGACUGACCUUUAAAAUGCUCACAGUCUCUGGGGUUGAGUGAUGAAUGAACAAAUUAAACCCUAAAGUUUAGCUUGGUUGCAGAAGCUGACUUAGGAAUACUUCAUUUAAAUUCAAUAAAAUUAUUACAUCACCAGCUGUAAUUAGUUAUUGUGCCAUCACACAUAGGAACUCAGCGAUUGACUGGGUUUCAUAAAGUGAAAUACUAUUUCAGUUCUUUACAAUGACUCAAUAAACAUGUGAAUGUAAACUA